UGUCCUCACCUGGCUGGAUUAAAAGCAGUUUCAGAAGCGACUACUACAUUUUUUAACGGUCAUUUCAACAUGAAAAACGGACUUAAAAGGCACGCCAAGCCCGAGGAGGAGGUCUGCGACGUCCGUGUGUCCCGCCGAGCAGGCCCAGUGUAGCGCGGUGCGGUGAUCCUGCGAGAGAAAAGCGUUUUAUCUAGGUAUGAAAACCAGAUCACUAUUUUGUCAGACUACUUAGAAGAGUUUCCAGAAACUGAUGAGCCAGUGUGGAUUUUAGGAAGGCAACACCACCUGAACACAGACAAAUCUAAGUUAUUGUUGGAUAUAAGUGCUCGUCUCUGGUUUACAUAUAGAAGAAAGUUUUCGCCUAUUGGAGGCACUGGUCCCUCAUCUGAUGCAGGCUGGGGAUGCAUGCUGAGAUGUGGGCAGAUGAUGCUGGCCCAGGCACUGAUAUGCAGACAUUUAGGAAGAGAUUGGCAAUGGGAAAAACACAAAAAGCAACCAGAAGAAUAUCAUAGAAUCUUACGGUGCUUUCUGGAUAGAAAAGAUUGCUGUUAUUCCAUCCACCAAAUGGCACAGAUGGGUGUUGGAGAGGGGAAGUCCAUUGGAGAAUGGUUUGGACCAAAUACAGUUGCUCAAGUACUGAAGAAGCUUGCUUUAUUUGAUGAAUGGAAUUCAUUAGCAGUUUAUGUUUCUAUGGACAAUACAGUGGUCAUCGAAGACAUCAAGAAGAUGUGCUGGUCCCCUGCCCAGAGCAGCGGCGUUGCCCACAGCAGUGCACACUUGCACAGAAGUGCUCUUGGCCAAAACAAGAACACAGCAGGAUUGUGCCCAGGCUGGAAGCCCCUCUUGCUCAUCAUCCCUCUCCGGCUAGGGAUUAAUCACAUCAAUCCAGUGUAUAUUGAUGCGUUUAAAGAAUGCUUUAAGAUGCCACAGUCUUUGGGAGCAUUAGGAGGGAAACCCAAUAAUGCCUAUUAUUUUAUAGGAUUUUUAGGCAAUGAGCUGAUCUACUUGGACCCUCACACCACUCAGAGUUUUGUAGAUUCAGAAGAAAAUGGCACAGUUGAUGACCAGAGCUUCCACUGCCAGCAAGCCCCACACAGAAUGAAGAUCAUGAAUUUGGACCCAUCAGUAGCUUUAGGCUUCUUUUGCAAAGAAGAAUGUGAUUUUGAUAACUGGUGUAGUCUUGUACAAAAGGAAAUUCUAAAGCAACAGAGCCUACGGAUGUUUGAGCUGGUCCAAAAGCACCCACCACACUGGCCUCCUUUCAUACCUCCCACCAAGCCAGAAGUGACAACCACAGGAGCAGAACUCAUUGAAUCUACUGACAAGCUAUUUGAAUUGGAAGAAGAAUUUGAAAUCCUCAGUGUAUGAAGGAAACUGUGGUCACCCUUCUGAGUAUUGAAAAUAUUGCUAAUAUUAUUGCAUUGACUUAAAUUACACAGCCAUGUUAGCCCAAAAGUGCCUGAAAUCAUGGAUAACAGAGCACAAAAGUCCAGCAGGGACAGUUCCUUCUGUCAAAGAGCUUCCCCAGAUGGAAAGGCAGUGAAAGAUUUUAUUAUAAGACCCUGAAAAGGAACUUCUUUUUAAUGUGUGUCUUUCUUGAAGACAAAUGGACCUCUGAGAUUAAGGCAAAAGUAAGUCCGUCAGUGGGCUGUAUGUUUGGAGAAAGGAAUAACACAAAAUGGGUAUUUCUUGCUGUCAUAUAAUGCAAUAGUUUAGUUCUUAAAGUAAAACAGUCUUCAGUUAAGGAGGAUAUUUAUUUCUGUUCCUUCCCAUGGGCUGCAUCAUAGACAAAAUGCAUUGUCUUGUUUAAAAGAUCAACUGGAUCAGGAGAAAAUGUUUUCCUUGUUAAAUAUUUUAACAUGUAUUUGAGCAACCACAUUUUAUGACAAAAAUGUUUCUGUGAAAGGAACUAUGUCUAACAUAUCCAUUUUGCAAUAGCCUUCCUGUUUCUGGGAGACCUCAAGAGGAACAGGAGCCUCAAAUAGUUGAUACAGAUCACAACCACUGUUAUAGCUAUGAUAUAUUUCACCUUGACCUUAAAGUUCAAUCAUUAAAACUUAGGCUGACUUUUCUUUUGGAGUUAAAGUAAGUCAAAGGUGGUUUAACUGUACCUUAUUUAUUUUAAAAAAGAUUUACGCAAGUAUCUCUGUUACUGCACUUUAUCUGUGCAUCUAAUAAAUUUCUUAAGCUUUUCAUAGGUUGUAUGCUGCUAUAUUUUGUUAAUUUGUUGUGUGAAAUAAAUAUAACCCAGGUUAUCUUAAAACUUAAUAUAUAGGCAUAUGCAAAUUACUUAAUUGUUGAGUUUUGACUUGUUGCCUUUUGAAAUCUGUUUUGGUAAAAGUGCCUUAAUUCUCUAGGUUUAUCAGAAGAGCUGGUGCAGUUUUGUUCUUAGAAAGAGUAUUGCUAUAGCAGCUAUACAAAAACCAGCUCAGAAUAAAGGCAAAGAUCUUCUAAUUCGUUCUACAGUUCCUUUUUACUAUCAGACAGUCCCCGUUCUGAUCAUUUUGUCACAAUACAUGAAUGGACGCACACUUUCAGCUUCAGUAAUAAAUGACAACAUAGAGAAAUCCUAAA